AUGCUGCUAAAAGAGAGCAAAUGGCAAUUGUGUUAAGAUUUGUCAAUCGCGCGGGCAUUCUAAUUGAGCGCUUUUUUGAUAUUGUUGGUGUUAGUGAUACUGCAGCAAUUACUCUGAAAAAUGAAAUCUCCGUUAUUCUUACAAGGUACAAUCUCCAAGUUCAAAUGAUGCGUGGUCAAGGGUAUGAUGGUGCUAGCAAUAUGCGGGGUGCUUGGAAUGGACUUCAAGCGUUGUUUCUCAAAGAUUGUCCAUAUGCAUAUUAUGUUCAUUGUUUUGCCCAUCGACUGCAACUAGCAUUAGUGGCAGCAGCUAAGGAGAUGCCUUGCAUUUGGCAAUUCUUUUCACAUUUGACUUCCGUUGUUAAUCUUGUGGGUUCUUCUCCUAAACGCAUUAGUGAGUUACAAUCUACUCAACGGGAUGAGAUCACUCUCAUGUUGGCUACUAGAGAAAGACAGUCUGGUAGAGGAGCUAAUCAAAUGAGUGCACUUCAUCGAGCUGGAGCCACUCGUUGGAGCUCUCACUAUGACUCUGUUAGGAGCUUGAUAAAAAUGUAUGGUGCAUCAUGUAAAGUUCUUGAACAUCUCAGUAACGAUGGGGCAAUUGGAUCUAUACGUGGGGAAGCUAGUGGUGUUUGUGCUGCAAUUAUGACCUUUGAGUUCAUAUUUCUCUUGCAUUUGAUUGAUAAAAUCAUGGGAAUCACAGAUUUACUUUGCCAAGCUCUACAACGUAAAUCCUUGGAUAUCUUGAAUGCUUUGAGAUUAGUUUCAACAACGAAAGCUCUCCUUUCCAGAUUUAGACAAGAUGAGUGGGAUACAUUUUUUUAGAAAGUGAAGUUAUUUUGUACCAAACAUGACAUUGAUAUU